CAGAGUCAUCAGAAAAAGAGGAAAAUCCAGCACAGUGGCGAUCCAGUCGAAAAUAUUUUCUUCAAAAUCCUGCGAUAAUUUUCCGUUUUUUUUGCCAGAAUCGACCAUAAAAUUAUCUACGUCUGUGUUAGUUUUGUGCGAAGUAAUAGUGGCCACCAUAGUGUAGUGUUUUUGUGCAUGAAUUUCUGGUGGUACUCGGUCAAAACCCGAAAUUUGUAUAACGUUGAUUGUGGAUAAUUAAUACGCGCAGGAAAAAAGGGCAGGAGAGAUGGCAGGAGCACCAGAAAAAUCUGAUAUAGAUGCAAUUUUCAACAGACUACGCUCGAUACCAACCAACAAGAGUUGUUUCGAUUGUGCAGCGAAGAAUCCCACCUGGUCUUCAGUGACGUAUGGAGUUUUCAUCUGCAUCGAUUGCUCGGCAGUGCACCGUAGCUUGGGUGUGCAUCUGACCUUCGUGCGGUCGACGAAUCUCGACACCAACUGGACAUGGAUGCAGAUCCGCCAGAUGCAGGUUGGCGGCAACGCAAAAGCGGCUCAGUUCUUCCGCCAGCAUAACAGCAAUUCAACCGAUGCUCAGCAGAAAUACACCUCUCGUGCGGCGCAGCUGUAUAAGGACAAGCUGACCCAUUUGGCGCAACAAUCGUUGCAGUUGCAUGGGACUACGCUCCACAUCGAUAGCAUGCAUUACCAUCAUGCCGAGAGUAACAAAAAUGAAGAAAUCGACUUUUUCGCCGAUUGUGCUAACAUUGAGGCCCCUCCCACGACCACCACGGACAGCCACAACAACAACCUGAAACAACAGGAAGCUACCCAGGACGGCAUCCCAAAACUUGCUUCUUUGAGCAACACCACAUCCGAUAGUUCUGGAAAUUUACAAGGACCUAGCGUUGAUUUCCUGAAUUCCACGGUUCCAUUAGAGGCACCAAAGUCGACAAUCGGAGUGAGGAAAAUUCAGCCGAAGAAAGCAGGCCUCGGUGGGAAGAAGGGUGGCCUCGGAGCAACGCGUGUAAAGACAAACUUUGCCGAGAUCGAAGAGAAGGCUAAUCUUGCCGACAAGCUCAAAAUGACACCGGCGGUGCAGGAGAAAGCGGUCAGCCAAGAGGAUCAAGCACAGGCUCUUGCCAGCGUUCGCUUGGCCUAUCAUGACCUUUCGAUCAAGCAGCAUAAGGAGGAAGAAAAGAUGAAGGUGACCGAUCCCAACAAAGCCAAACAGAUCGAGCGCCUUGGCAUGGGACUUGGUUCCCGCAGUGGAGUUUCACAUUCCGCCAUUUCGGACAUGAAAACACUCACCCAAGAAUCAACUGGCAAGAGUGGGUCCUCUCUUUCGAAAGCUUUCGAGUCCAACAAUGACUUUUUCGAUGACUACGCCACGUCAAUGUACGGUAGCGGCAGUAGUAGCAACGGCAACAAGAACUCGUCUUCCAUGAAAGACUAUAGUGAUGCCACGAUGAUGGGAUUCGAAACCAUCGAACCGUUUGACACGAAGCAGAACAUCCAGACAAUGUUUUCUCCUGCUUCCAGUUCUUCGAAGAAUACCAGCAUCAGUGAUCAACCAACGUACAGCAGGAACGCAAACAAGAAAACUCCAACCAGUGCUAGCAAUGACUACGAAUCAACCGAUGUAGCGCAGAAGAAAUUCGGUACAGCGAAGGGUAUUUCGUCGCAACAGUUUUUCGGUGAUGAGACAUCGUCAUACGAGCGAUCGUCAAACUUGGCUAAAUUCCAGGGGUCCAAUAGUAUUUCCUCGGCAGAUUACUUCGGCCAUGGCAGCCCUAGUGGUAGCGCUGGUCGUGGUGGUUCGAAUAUGCAAUUCAAUGGGCCCGAUUUGGAUGACGUUAAAGAAAGUGUGCGCCAGAGUGUAACCAAAGUUGCCGGACGGUUAAGCACAUUAGCGAACGAUAUGAUGUCAUCAAUUCAAGAUAAAUAUGGUUAUUAAAAUAAAGUCAGUUUUAGCAAUUUAUUUAUAAUUUUACAGUACCUAUGUUCCAUAGUUUACUGCCAGCUGAUGGAGGAUUUUUUUUAAAUUUAAUUAUUUUUAUCUGUGCUGUACUAUUUACCAAAUUAGUUCAAACAAAUAUUUACACAUAACUUCCGUUUUUGUUUUUGUAUCUGUUGUAUCUGUCAUUUCAAGUGCAUGCAGUAACAGUUUCGAUUCCAUUAUUGUAAUGUUUUGUACAGGUGAACAUGUAAAUGGUUACUUACAUACAUUAGAAGCUCAUAUUUUGUGAAAACGAAUGCCUGAUAUUUGUAAGUUUUCACGAAUAAUGUUAGACAAGAGUAACAUAGACAGCCUUCAGAAUAAGUCCUCUUCGAUCCUUCUCUUGGAAAUGAAAAUCACCUGACCGCCAGUAAAACUACAAUCAUGGAAUGAGUGACACUUUAGCGUGGAAGCUGUAACGGAUAUAAUCUGACUAUCUGUAUUUUGAUGCUAGGACGGUUUUCUAGACUCCCAAUAAAUGAAAAAUCUAUAUAAUACAAACAAAGACACUCAAACACAAGGUCAAAAGCAGUAUACUUAGAGGACACUUGUUAAAUACACGUAUGUUAGCGAAAAGACGAAAAUAGCAAAGGAAACAUGUUUAAACCUAUUGAAUAAAACUACCUUUCAUGAAAAUCGAGUGAAACAAAUUACCGGUCGGUCUUUAAAAUACAUUUUGUUGUAUAAAAUUGCGAUUGCGACGAAACGUACUCUGUAUGUAAAAAUCAUAAUCCUUUAAAAUGAAUAAAGUAUAUACUUCUUAGUUAUAAAAA